CUUGCUCAAAAUAUGUAUAGAUGUGAACGUUCACUCUUAGUAUUAGAUUCUUUCAGAGAUCACAUUACCGAACUAGUUAAAAAAAAUUUUAGUAAAAAUAUGACUAAUAUGGCAGUGAUACCUAGUAGUUUAACAACUAAUAAAGUACAUGAGCUUACACCUUCUAAAAGAAUUAAACAACUAUCUUAUUCUUUGAUGGCAAUCUGUUGUGGAAUUUCUAGUAAUCAAGAUGUUAAUACAGAUCAGCAAUAUGAAAUAGAAACUGAAGAUUAUAUUGAUAAAUUGGCAAAUAAUAUUAAAUUAAUAGAUCUUACUAACGAAGAACCUGUUUGA